CUACCACCGGGUGCAGUAUUAUCCAUCCAAAGGGCAAACAAGUCGCUGCCGAAAGGCGCCCGCCGGCUAGCUACGCUAGUGGCAGUGCCCAUCAAUCCACAUUCCAGCCCCUCAUAUACUCCAGUACUCCACAUACGAACAAUCGGUCGAAAGCUCUAACUCUAGCUUUGAUCCAUGCAUAUCUAUCCAUCCUUUCUUUGAUCGGUCGCAACGCCCAGAAACUGAUCGACGAUGCAGCAGCAGCAGCAUCCGGCGCCGGGCGCGGAGUUCGUGGCGGACCGGGACGCGGCGCGGGCGGAGGUGGAGCGUGCACUGGGCGGGUACAGCUUCCGCGACGGCGGCGCGCUGCUGCUGGAGGACGCCCUGACGCACAGCGUGCACCCCAGGGACGAGGCCGGCGGGCGGGCCAGGCACCAGCGGCUCGAGUUCCUCGGCGACGCUGCGCUCGGCCUCGCCUUCGCCACCAUCUUCUACCGGGACGACCCGGGCCUCGACCAGGGGGACCUCACGGUGCUCCGCUCCGCCAACGUCUCCACCCAGAAGCUCGCCCGCGUCGCCGUCCGCCGGCGCCUCUAUCCGCUGCUCCGGCGCUACAACUGCGCCCCUCAAGACCACGAAGUCAGCCGUUUUACCAAGUCAGUUGAAGGCCCAUAUAGUGGUGACCCCAUUGAGGGUCCAAGGGUGCUUGCUGAUAUUGUUGAGGCCAUUGUUGGUGCCGUCUAUCUUGAUUCCAAGCUUGAUCUUGAAGUACUCCAGAAGGUUGCGAAGUUGCUGUGUGAGCCAAUUAUCACCAAAAAGGCAUUACUAGAAGAUCCUGAGUCCAUGUUGAAUGAGCUAGGGGGAGAACAUAGGGAAGAUUUGGAAAUCAAAAUAUUGGCGUGGAGGAAGGUGGCAAACGUAGUCGAUGAUGGCCGGGAGCAAGCGAUCACAACUAGUGGACUUGGCAACGGCUCAGAGGAUGAGGUUGGAAAGCUUAGAACAAUAAGAAUAGAAGAAGCUUAACGAGCAGCACAGCAAGUUACAGUAAAUUGGCGACCAGGAACCAAUCAGUGAACUAGCAGCCCAUAUAUAGUGGCUGGAUCUGAACUUUUGUGGGUCAGGUAUGGAACAUAUUCAUGUAUUGCGCAGGCACUUCUAUGCUAUGCUAGCUCUGAACAUUGAUGCCUGGAGGUUUGUUUCAUGGCAUGUUCACUGCUAGAUAGUAGUAGCUGUGAAAUCAAUGUAUGGCUAUUGAAAUUGAUGCAGACCUGGUACUAUUGAUGUCUGGUACCCUGGUUAUCAGGCCAAGCGUGUCCUAAUCUUGUCGAGCGAUGAACACUAUAGUGUAUUUUGUCUUAUGUACAAUGGAGGUUUGUCAUACUGAAUCUGUGUUUGUACUCAACCAAUGUAUAUGUAGAAUACCAUGUAAAGUAAUAUUAUUAAAGAAUGUGUGAUGUUUGUUCAUAUGGACUUACUCUCAGUGUCCUAGAUAUGAAAGAGCAUAUAGCUUUUCAGGUGGGCUCA